AUGUUGCCAUUGGUUCAGAUAGUUCGAGGCAUUCGGUGCAUCCCCCAACGCAGCAUAGCCAAACUUCAAACGUAUCAUGAAGCAGGCAUUCGAGUCCUUGGCAGUCAGUUCGAAUCCGGGGUGGAAAGUUUGCUCCCCACCAAGUUGCGACAACGUCGGGUACCUACAGGAGCGUUCUCAUUUCGUGCAUCCUGGUCAGCCCUACCCCACGCGAUGCCAAGGCUCGGCUGCUGGUUUCACAUGGAAGGAAGCUUUUCAGCUGAGUCGUCUAAGAGCCUGACUACGAGACCACGCAGCUCCAAAACUCCAUCAACCAUGUUGCGUUUUCUGAAGCCUAAGAACAAAGGGUACAUAUUAGGGGUUUUAGAAUUCAGGUGA